AAUCCUUGCAACCAAACACCCUCCAAUAGUCCUCCAGAACCAGAGCCAGGAAUCCAUGACCUCAACUCUUCAAGGUCGGUCUCCAAGUCGCAACGGCACAAAGGAUGAAGGAGGCAUUUUAAAUUAUUUUUCGGAAAUCGUAACAAAAAGCGAGGGAAUACUUGCAGCACAGACGACCCCUUAUCAGGGCCUAGUUGGUUGAAGUAAAAGCGAAUUAAAAUUGCGAUAAGUUGCAGACAUGGAAGAAGAGGAAGAAGCUCUGCAUUUUUCGGUAAUAUGAUUGGUCGUCUCCAGGCCUUAGAGAAGAAAUUUGGUCUGCCUUUGAUAUUUUGUAAGAAUUUUUCUGUACCCAUUUCGAAUAAAAGCUCACAGAAUCUAACAUCUUAUUAUUCUAAUCUCAUAGACCGUUGUCUCUCAUUGAGAUCUUUGGUUUAUGCUAAACUCCUACAUGCCCAGUUGAUAAAAAUUGGCUUGAGUGGCUAUACUUUUCUGGGUAACCGUUAUAUCGAUCUCUAUUCCAAACUAAGUACUAUUGAUGAUGCUUUGCAAGUGUUUGAUGAAAUACCCAACAAGAACUGUAUUACUUGGAAUUUGUUGUUGAUGGUUUUAAUUAAAUUCGGGCGUCUUGAGAGGGCACACGAUUUCUUUGGUAUUAUGCCCGAGAGAGAUGUUGUCAGUUGGAACUCAAUGAUUUCAGGCUAUGCUGCAAAUAGUCUAGCUAAUUCUGCAUUAGAAGUUUUCAGAGAAAUGCAAAGGGUUGGUGUAAGACCUAGUGGAUUCACAUUCUCGCUUGUGUUGUCCUUUGUUUGGUCUGCUGAUCAUGGUAAGCAGAUUCAUGGGUGUGUUGUUAGAAGUGGUUUGAAUUUGUCCAAUGUAGUGAUAGGAAAUUCUUUGAUUGACAUGUAUGGGAGAUUCACUCUUGUCCGUUAUGCUUUUAAUGUAUUUCUUUCAAUGAAGGAAUUGGAUAUUAUUUCUUGGAACUCCCUUAUGUCGGGGUUACAAAAAUCAGGUUAUAGAGACUGGGCGUUGGAUCAGUUCUGUUUGAUGAGAUCUACUGGGCAUUGUCCAGAUCAUUUCACAAUGUCAAUGGUGAUCACCAUUUGUUCCAACUUGUUGAAUUUGGAAAAAGGUAAGCAAGCUUUUGCCCUCUGUAUCAAGAUGGGGUUUCUUUCUAAUUCCAUAGUUCUAAGUGCCAUCAUUGACAUGUUUUCCAAAUGCAACAGAUUGGAGGAUUCACUUCGGGUUUUUGAAGAAGUACCUAGAUGGGAUUCCUCAGUUUGCAAUUCUAUGAUCUCAGCUUAUGCAAGGCAUGGGUUUGAGGACAAAGCGCUAUGGCUAUUUGUGUUGACUUUGAGGGAGAACUUGAGGCCUACAGAGUUUACGCUCAGCAGUGUUCUAAGCAGGGAUUCCUCAGUUUGCAAUUCUAUGAUCUCAUCAUGCCUUUUGCCAGCAGAGCAGGGCACUCAAAUCCACUCUUUGGCUCUUAAAAUGGGGUUGGAUUCUGAUGCAAUUGUUGCUUGUUCACUGAUGGACAUGUACAGCAAAUCUGGGUCAGUGCAUUCUGCAUUGAAAAUCUUUCCUAAAAUGAGUACCAGAGACUUGGUAUUUUGGAAUAGCAUGAUCAUGGGUUUUGCUCGAAAUGGAUGUGAGUUUGAAGCCUUAAAAUUAUUUGAAGAGCUACUUGAGAGUGGUUUACAGCCAGAUGAAAUAACGUUCUCUGGGGUUCUAUUGGCUUGUAGCAAUGGUGGUUUGGUCAAUGAAGGGAUGCAUGCAUUUUUGUCUAUGGUGGAGAAAUACGGUAUCAUUCCCAGGGAUGAGCAUUAUGCUUGUAUGGUAGAUAUGAUGGGCCAAGCAGGUAAACUUGCAGAAGCAAUGGAUAUUAUUGAAACAAUGCCUCAUGAGCCAAAUGCUUCCAUUUGGGGGUUAUUUCUUCGUGCAUGUGUAAUUCACGGGAACUUGAAACUCAUGGAAAUAGUUGCAGAAAGGGUGCUGGAGUUGAAACCAAUCUCAUCUCUUCCUUACUUGGUGUUGGCUCGUACAUAUGGGAUCAAGGGCAAAUGGGAGAGUGUGGUUCGAGUAAGGAAGGCCAUGAAAGAGAGAGGUGUGAAGAAGGUGAAUGGCUGCAGUUGGAUUGGGAUCAGGAACCAAGUACUUGUUUUUAAGACAAACCAAAUACAACAUUGUGGAGGAGAAAUUUAUUCGAUAUUGCAGUUACUACUUUGUGAAAUGGCAGAUGAGGGUUACAUCCUUCAACAGCACAAUGUAGUUGAGGAUGGAGGUGAACAGUGAAUAAGUAUUUAACCAUUCUUGUACUUACUACAGAUCUUAACUUUCUCUCUGACAUGACCCAACAUGAAUUUGGCUGCCAAAAUCAGUUGGUGUUCAGCUGACCCCAUAUAGUUGGGAAAAGACUUAGUUGAGUUGAAAAUCAGUUGGUGUUCAGGGGAGGGGAGAUUCAAGUUCAUGUUGCUAAGCCCCUCAUUACAUUCCUUAGAAGAGUGUUGUGCAUUUCUAGUGGAGUUAAAAUUACCUGUGUAGAUUUAUUUUGGUUCAGAUAAUUUAGUGUUCACGGGAGGGGAGAUUCAAGUUCAUGUUGCUAAACCCCUCAUUACAUUCCCUAGAAGAGUGUUGUGUAUUUCUCAGUGGAAUUAAAAUUACCUGUGUAGAUUUAUUUUGGUUCA